GUUUAGUUUAACAGUGACAUAUGACAAAAGCAACUUUGCACAAGGGAUGUACUGUGGACUGUGAAGAGAUAUGGAGAUGGAUAGAUAUAGAACAAUUAUGAGAUUCCUCCUAAUUGUUGGGGUCCUUUUUCAUGGGUGUGAGUCAGACGUGAAAUGCAGAAAUGACAACGGAGACGAGGUGGACUGGUAUAUUUUAUACAAGUUGCCUCCUAUGAAUGAUGAUGGUUUGUCAUAUGCGUACAUGGAUGAGAGCACCAACGGAUGGGUAUUCAGCAGAGAGACAAUCAACAGUAAAUCUGGCACCCUGGCAAACACCCUGAAACCUCUUCUUGACUUCUAUGACAGAAAGACAGAAGGUUUUGGAUUCAUGCUCUAUAAUGAUCAACCUGCGAAUUCUAAAUCUGCAGCCCCUUCAUCAUUUGGCCACAGCAAAGGGGUUGUGAUGUUAGACAGACAAACUGGAGUUUGGCUUUCACACAGUACACCUAAAUUUCCAACAUAUCGCAGCAGAGACUUCUGGCCAAACAGUGGAAACGUCAACGCUCAAACAUUUAUCUGUGUGACUUACUCCUAUGAUGAAUUUAAAAAGAUAGGAUUGCAGCUUAUGUACAUUCAUGCUUAUUCAUACGACUCUGACAUCCCCACAACCUUUCACAAUGACCUGCGAUGUGUUGCUCAGCGAAGCUGCUACCCAAAGAAGGAACCCUGGUUUCAUGUGACAACGCUGACUUCAAUGGAAGGACGUAAUUUCUCCACUUUUGCAAAAUACAAACGUUUUGGGGAUGACCUUUAUUCUGGCCUUAUUGUAAACUACUUGGAGCAGGAUCUGUAUGUCAAGAGCUGGGGAAAGAUGCGUCGCCCUCUGCCCUCCAACUGCAGCAUCCCUCAUUGUGUGUACAAUGUGACGGAAGUAAAGGUCCCUGGGAGGAAGCCCUUCAGUGAUACUGUGGAUCACUCCAAGUGGUGUGUGACCUCUGGUGGCGGCUGGGCCUGCAUUGCUGACAUGAACAGAGAAGAGAGUCAGAUGGACAGAGGUGGAGGUGCAAUAUGCACUAAUGACGUUGCAGUUGGGAAAGCUUUCGAUGCAAUGAUCUCAAAGUAUAAACAGUGUAAACGUGAACGUCCAAAUUCUGAUGCUCAACAUAGAGAACUUUAAAGGCACACAUCUCAGUUGAAAUAUAACAAAAUGUGAAGCUACCAAAAACUAAAAGACAAGACUGGAACUUACUAUUAUGUCCAAAAAACGACUAAUCUAUUAUAUAUCCAGACUUAAAAUUGUUGCAGGUUUGACUUGAUUUUUAUAAAUCGUGUUUUGUUGUAUGUUGUCUUCUGUUUCCUGUAUGAUGUGUUUUUUC